AUGGAGGUUCUCAGGAGCAGAGAAGGAAAAUGUGGGAUUAGGGUGGCCGAGAAGCUUCCUGUAAGCGAAGGAAAUGCCAGAAAGGGAGCGGCUCUAGGCGGCCGGAAGACCAGCCGGGGCUUCCAGGUGACAGAGAGCUCACUCCCAACUGGUCAGGUAAAUAAGGCGGCAAUCAGAGAGUCCUCCACCAGAGCCGUGUCAUCUGGAAACUCACUCGUCUGUUACACCGAUGGACUCACGCAGGACACCUUCAAAAUAUGCAAGGAAUAUCUGAGGCCCUUCAAGAAGUGUCUACGGAAGCUGAAUCUGUCCAAGGACUUGCCAAAGGAGAAGAGGGUCAGCUGCACCAGAAAAAACCUGACCAUCCUUGGGGACCACAUUAACAUGUUCCUUCAACACUACUGCAAGACGUGGGAACUCAAGCACUGGAAGAAGAUGCUGUGGAGAUUCGUGGCUCUCUUCUCAGCGCUCAGCGAGAAGCAACUGUGCAAACUCUAUCACUACAGCAAGACCAACCAAGCAUCCAAGUUCCUGAAGGCUUACCAUCUUGUGGAAAACCCGGAUUUAGGCACCCUGCGUGAAAACAACCACCUAUUGAAGCUGCGGGACUCCUGGGGUCUCUGCGGGGAUGAGAAGAGGCAGGAGAAACGGACCCAGGUGUGCCUGCAGGUGCCAGGGGGUGACAGGCCUGCAGGAAAGAGUAUUAAGAAAAGGUCCGGUAAGUCUUUGCUGAUUAGAAAGAAGGAAAGCCCUGGCAGACACCCGUCCAUCAAAAAGCCCUUCGAUGCUCAAGCUUCUAGCAUUGUCAAAGGUGAUGCAGCGGAAUUUUCUUUACCGCCGGAAGCAGCCCUUUGA